AUGUCGCAGCAAGCUACCAACACCAACACCAACACCACUUCCACUUCCGCUCCUACCCAGACUUCCGGGCACGCCGCGUCGGACGGCCACGAGCACCACCACUCUCACGGACAUGGCGGUGGCAACGUCAGUGGCGAGAUUGCACCGGGUACAGGAUCGCAUCACCAGGGUCACCAUCAUCGCGAGGGCCCGCACCGUGGACACGAGGCCAAGUCGUAG